GUUACCAGUGCAUGGAUCAAAAGACUGAACCAAAACAUGAUCAUGUGCGUGGCCGGCGAGCUGCGAAGUACACAAAUUACUUCUUCUUCUGGAACGCCCCUCAUGUUUCCCUGAAAUUCCCGUCAGCUGAAGCAACGCAAAGUAAGCUACAAGUGAGACGUCUCUCGUCCGACCUCGGUCGCGAAAUCCAGCCAGAAAGAUGGAUGGCGUGGGUGAUAUUAUAAUCACCGAUGUUGAAGACAGUGAUCUGUGCGAUUGGCAGUUACCGCUUGCCUUCAUGAAGAAACGCCAUACUGAAAAGAUUGAAGGGAGCAAGACCGAAACACAGACGUGGCGCAUGAAGGAACGGAUGAAAACUGUCAGCGUUGCCCUUGUCAUGUGUCUAAAUGUUGGAGUGGAUCCUCCAGAUGUAGUCAAGACGUCACCGUGUGCUAAGCUAGAAUGCUGGAUAGAUCCAUUAUCCACGAGCCCACAGAAAGCAUUAGAAGCCAUCGGAAAUAAUCUACAGAAACAGUACGAACGUUGGCAACCACGGGCCCGCUACAAACUCUGCCUGGACCCCACGGUAGAGGAAGUCAAGAAGCUGUGCACAUCCCUCCGACGCAAUGCCAAAGAAGAACGGGUUCUCUUCCACUACAAUGGCCAUGGCGUGCCUAGGCCCACCACCAAUGGGGAAAUAUGGGUCUUCAACAAGACAUUUACACAGUACAUCCCCUUGUCGGUCUACGACCUCCAGACCUGGAUGGGUAGCCCUUCCAUAUUUGUCUACGAUUGUUCCAACGCCGGCCUCAUUUUGGAGUCCUUCGAGCAGUUUGCCCUUCAGAAGGAGCAGGAGAGAGAGGUAAAGCUGGCCACCAUCAACUCCCACACCCUGUCCAGCUCCCAGCCGCCCAUCCCCCCACCAGCCAAGAAUUGCAUCCAGCUAGCCUCGUGUGGUCCCAACGAGCAGCUGCCCAUGAAUCCAGAGCUUCCUGCCGACCUCUUCACGGCCUGUCUAUCUACGCCAAUUAAAAUAGCACUGAGAUGGUUUUGUUUUCAGAAGAGCAGUGAAUUAGUACCAGGCGUCACUGUGGAACUUGUAGAUAAAUUACCCGGGAGAUUGAAUGACAGAAGAACACCCUUAGGAGAGUUGAACUGGAUCUUCACGGCUGUCACCGACACCAUCGCAUGGAACGUACUGCCCAGAGAGUUGUUCCAGAAGCUGUUUAGGCAGGACCUGCUGGUGGCGAGUCUUUACCGGAAUUUCCUUCUAGCAGAGAGAAUCAUGAGGACGUUCAACUGUUCUCCUGUGUCCAGUCCACGGUUACCGCCCACCUACCAACACAGCAUGUGGCAAGCCUGGGACCUGGCCCUAGAUGUCUGUCUGGCCCAGCUCCCCGGCCUUCUGCAGGGGGAGGAGUAUGUCCACAGUCCCUUCUUUGCCGAGCAGCUCACAGCCUUCCAGGUCUGGCUGACAAUGGGCUCCGAGAAGAGGGACCCACCGGAGCAGCUGCCCAUCGUACUGCAGGUUCUUCUAAGUCAGGUCCACAGGUUACGAGCGCUAGACCUCCUAGGUAGAUUUCUAGACCUGGGUCCAUGGGCUGUCAGCCUGGCCUUGUCAGUCGGUAUCUUCCCGUACGUUCUCAAACUUCUUCAGAGUUCAGCCAGGGAGCUCAGACCUCUUCUUGUGUUUAUAUGGGCCAAGAUACUGGCUGUAGAUAGGUCCUGUAAGGCAGACCUGGUGAAGGACAACGGUCACAAGUACUUUCUGUCGGUGCUAGCAGAUCCAUACAUGCCUGCCGAGCAUAGAACAAUGGCAGCCUUUGUCUUGGCAAUGAUUGUUGAGGACUACCCAAAUGGGCAGGAAGCGGCGCUGCAAGGUAACGUCAUUGCCAUCUGCCUGGAGCAGCUGAACGACCCCCACCCCUUGCUGCGACAGUGGCUUGCCCUGUGUCUGGCCAGGGUGUGGACGAUGUUUGAUGCGGCGCGGUGGUGCGGCGUCCGGGACAGCGCCCACGAGAAGCUCUACAAGCUUCUGAGUGACCCACUACCAGAGGUCCGAGCAUCGGCGGUGAUAGCACUGGGAACGUUCAUCGGUAAUGGAACGGAAAGGACAGACCACGCCAUCAACAUUGACCACAAUGUGGGGAUGACUCUCAUCAAUGUGGUGCAGGAUGGAAGUCCUAUUGUGAGAGAGCAACUAGUGGUGGCGCUCUACCAGCUCAUCAAGCAGUUUGAGUCGCAGUUUGCGUCCGUGGCCCGACAGAUCCUGGAAGAGGACCAGCGCAGUGACGAGAACCAGGCGCCCUUAGGUGUGGGCGUGACUACCGGUGGGUGGCUGCUUGUACACGACUCCCUGGGAGCCAACGCCGCACAGGGCCACGCAGCGUCCAUGCGGAGAAUGUCCCUACAACAGGGCUCCGCUGCCUCCUCUUCCCGACGGACCAAUCAACACCUACCUCACUCGACUAGUGCCGGCAACCUCCAGAUGUAUGCUCAACAGCUGGCAAGGUCGCCGAGCUCAAGCAGUUCCUCUUCCAGCACCAAUGGCCCCACCACGUCGUCGGGGAGCGGUGAUGCCUACCCAGUCAACGGGCCGGUCCUCUUCGACAAAGCCCGCCGGCUCUCCCCGGGGGUCAACAACCUGUUCUCCUCCAGUUACAACAACGUGUAUGCUCAGAUCUGGAAGACGAUGCUGACGCUGGCCUCGGACUCGCUCCCAGCAGUCAAGAGGCUAGCACAGCAACUAGUCAACCAAAUUAAUCUCAAGGCAACUGUCAUGGCCAAACCUCAGCACGUACUGCAAGAGAAUAGGAGGACGCCUUCAUCAGCACCAAACAGCCCAUCAACGAGAAAUCACAGCGCCUCCCCACAAAACCUUAGCGAUUCACCCCCUCCCGCAGUGCUAAACAUCCCCAUCGAGAUUGUCAAGCCGGUGCCCAUCCGUGCUGGAGAACAGCCUCCUCCAGCCAGGCCCCAGAACCCCGCCCCCAUCGGCUCCCAGUUCCCCCACUCCCAGCAGUUCACCCGGGUGCGCAAGCUGUUUGACAAGGGACCCAGCAUCACCUAUGAGGACAUGGAGUCUGUGAACAUCAGCACCAAGGACCUCAACCUGUCCACCAACUUCAGCAACUGGUGCUGCAAGUACUUUGCCCAGUCUGUCAUGAGGGCACCGGAGGAGAUGGAUCCCUACAGCUCGCUGCACCAGGAGAGGGAAUGGAGGUUCCUACGCAACGCAGUGGCACGGAAGGAAGCCAGGGAACAGCAACAGAGAGCUGUCAUGAGCCGCCUGGAUGACCAGAUCUUCAUCAACCGGAAUCAAGGCAUCCCGGUGGCCCUGCGCUUCCAGCAUUUCAGCCCCCACGUCAUUGUGGCUGACAAGGAGGGCGUAUGUGUGUGGAAUUGGGAAAACGGGGAGAAGCUGAACUAUUUCUCACAUUUGAACCACAAAGACACCAAGAUCACGUCCAUGGACAUCAUGAAUGCACACGAUAUAUCCCUCCUCAUGACUGGAUGUGAUGAUGGAGCCGUCCAGAUUUGGCGCAAUUACUUACCAGACUCCAGCGGACCAGUGGAGUUGGUCUCCUCUUGGCACGCUCUGUCUGAUAUGCUGCCCUCCAUUAAAGGAGCUGGUCUUGUCUUAGAUUGGGAACAGGAAUCGGGGAUGCUUCUAGCAUCUGGGGAUGUACGCACCAUCAGAGUGUGGGACACGCAGAGAGAACUCAAGUUACAGGAUAUACCGACAGGAGCAGAUAGCUGUGUGACUAGCCUGGCUUGUGACUCUGUAGGCAGGUCGCUACUGAUAGCUGGAUGUGGGGAUGGUAGCGUCAGGCUAUAUGACAGGAGGCUAGCCCCAACAGAAAGUCGAGUGAUGACGUUACGAGAGCACAACAGCUGGGUGGUCAAUGUGCAUCUUCAGAAAGGUGCAGGAGACGGCAAGAUCAUCAGUGCAAGCGUGAAUGGCGAUGUGCGCUUCUGGGAUCCCCGCUUCACGGAGUCGGUCAAACUCAUCCAGACCAACUUCAGCUUACUGACCACGAUGGCCGUACACCAACAGGCCAAUAUAUUUGCAUGUGGCUCAGCCAAUCAGCUCAUUAGUGUCUUCAAUAUGUCCGGUGAUACACUCAGCAACAUCAAGUACUAUGAAGGGUUCAUAGGUCAACGGAUUGGCCCUGUCAGCUGCCUUGCUUUCCACCCACUUAAGGUGUAUCUCGCCUCAGGAAGCCGGGAUUCCUUCCUCUCCAUCUACUCAACCGAGAAGAAAGCCAGAUGAUAGCACGUAACAGGCAGCAGGCAACCUCAUACAUCAGAGCAUGGCAAUAACAAAGGCAAAUGGAAUGUUAUGUACGUUCUUGUCCAAGGUGGUACUUGGAUACAAGAGGAUUUUACCGAGGUUUUUACAUGUGCAUUUACAGUGAGAUGCAGGUGGGGUUGAAAUAGUAGUAUUGAUAUCAGAUAUCAAUAAAAGAAUUUAGUAAUUUUCAGAAGGGUGUUGAAGGGGGGGUUAGCAUGGACGAAUGGAACUUUUAACACAGUAUAAACUCUCUGUAAACUACAAAGUGGUUGGAACCUUUGAGCAUGUUUUCCCCUAACAGUUUGUGGCAGUAGAGAUAUUGUGGAUUUCAAUCUGAAUGUUUUGGAUUUUACAUUGAGGAAGUGCUCCUACCAUACAGUUGUGGGAAAAAUGUAGUAUUGGAUUUUCAUUGGCCUAAGCCACUUUACCUGUACACUACCGUUCACAGCAUUUUAGCAUGUCAUUUAGUGAAGAGGCAAGUCCAUGACCCUUUUAUUUUUAACUGGGCAUUAUUUGCAUGAAUGUUGGGUAUAAGAUCGUGUUUCAUUAAAAUGAGUUCGCACUGGCUGAAAAUGGAAGUUUUGAAGAACAACCAAAAAAAAA